AUGCCGCAUCUAGAAGUAUCCAUGUGGCUAUAUGAGAGUUCCAAAAUCACUCUGAAAGUGACACAAGUCAACCAAUAUCCAGAACUAGAAACAUCUCACAUUCUGAAUGUGAUUCCAACCGAUAACAAAGAGGAUAUUAGGAAAGAAAUUCAAACUUCCGAAUUCGCAUGGGAAUUCUAUCACGAUCCAUCUGUUAAUUUAACUGAGAUAAUAUGUAACAGACUCUUGGAAUUCUACGACACCCAAUAUCCACAAGGAUACAAAACAUGGAAAGCAAGAAAUUUAUGGUUGAAAGGUGGUCUUCCCAAAAUAAAGAGUCUUUUGGAAAUGGAUUACGAGAAAUUAGUCUGUCGACAAUCGUUCUACAAAACUUCAGAAAUUAAUCGAUUUCUGAAACAUUGGCUUCAAUCAACUAACUGCGGAAACCACAAAUACUUCAAACGAGAGAUUCGACUAUGUAACGUUAAAAAUGAUUCUAACAUGUUGGAGGAUCUUCCAGUUACUCCGUGGAAUCCGAAACAAAGAGGUCAAUUCGUUCAUUUCCGAAAUCCUUAUUUCGACGCUGCCAUUGAUUGCUCAAAGGGUUUUGAUCUGUUGAGAGACGAUGGAGUUCUGGCAACUGUCAUUCCUAGGGAUGAUGCAUUCAUCUUUAAUAUUUGGAACGAGAGAUUCCCAGAUAUUCCAAAGGAAGAUUUCCCUCCAAAUUCUGUAUUUUAUUAA